CCUUGCCUGCGCUCCAUCACUCUGACUUGCUCCUGGUAUCUCUGAGCAGCAGCUUUUGCCUUGGCUCCCCCCCGGCUCGCCCAGCCCGAGAUCUCACGCCCAAACUGACUGAAAUCCGUCCAGCAACUGAUCGCCCGAGCGGCACAUGUGGCUCCGUGAAGAGACUGGUGUCCAUGGAAGUGGUUCAUCUGGAGCCUAUCACUUCUCAACAGCCCAAGGCAGAGAACUCGCCAAAGAGGGCUCCAAUCCCUUUGAUCUCUUCUUAUAAGUAACGCAAUCUUGGGACACGUCUUUAACCGGACAGGUGCCGCAGGAAUUAGACUACACAUUCGCCAGCAAGACGAGGACAAAGUAGCCGAGCCCUUCAGCUGCAAAAAAAAAAGAAACAACUAGAACGGAAGGUGCACAUCCUGUCGCCCUGUCACACAUCCCGCGUGCACCAGAACUCUUGGGCCUGCUGGAAAAUUGAGUCAUGGCAACCUCCACCGGAACAAGGCAAACAUCAGCAAUGCCUUUUGGCUGCAUAACACUCGGUGACAAAAAGGAUUAUAACAACCCUUCGGAUGUCACAGACAAAUAUGAUUUGGGCCAAACAGUCAAAACAGAGGAAUUCUGUGAAAUAUUCCGAGCAAAAGAGAAAUCUACUGGAAAAAUGUACACUUGCAAGAAGUUUUUAAAGAAAGAUGGAAGAAAAGUUAGGAAGGCUGCAAAAAAUGAAAUCAUGAUUUUAAACAUGGUGAAGCAUCCAAACAUAUUACAGCUGGUGGACGUCUUUGAAACGCGCAAGGAAUAUUUCAUUUUCCUGGAACUUGCCACAGGUCGAGAGGUGUUCGACUGGAUCCUGGACCAAGGUUACUAUUCGGAAAGGGACACCAGCAAUGUAAUCAGACAAGUAUUAGAGGCUGUGGCCUACCUGCAUUCCCUCAAGAUUGUCCACAGAAAUCUGAAGCUGGAAAACUUAGUUUACUUCAAUCGUCUAAAAAACUCCAAGAUUGUGAUAAGCGAUUUCCACCUGGCUAAGCUGGAGAACGGGCUGAUCAAGGAGCCCUGCGGAACACCAGAGUAUCUCGCUCCAGAAGUUGUUGGGCGACAGAAAUAUGGACGACCUGUUGAUUGCUGGGCCAUCGGAGUGAUCAUGUACAUACUGUUAUCAGGGAACCCACCUUUCUAUGAUGAAAACGAUGAUGAAGAUUAUGAAAACCAUGACAAGAAUUUAUUCCGAAAAAUCCUGGCAGGAGACUAUGAAUUUGAUUCUCCAUACUGGGAUGAUAUUUCAGAAGCUGCAAAAGAUCUGGUGAGUCGCUUGAUGGAGGUUGACCAGGACACAAGGAUAACAGCUCAAGAAGCCAUUAAUCAUGAAUGGAUUUCUGGAAAUGCAGCUUCAGACAAGAACAUCAAGGAUGGUGUCUGUGCUCAGAUCGAGAAAAACUUUGCCAAAGCGAAAUGGAAGAAAGCGGUGAGAGUAACGACGAUCAUGAAACGCCUGCGGGCGCCCGAACAAAGCGAGACGGCCAACAACCCCCCGGCCGCGGCGCCCGCUCCGGCAGGUGAACCCGAGAACAAGGCGGUGAGUGGCACUCUGCCGCCAGCCAGCCAGACGGACAACUCUGCGAAGGUUGGCGUGACAGCGGAGGCCUCCCCCAGGUGUAACGGAGAAGCGGCCAGUCCCCACAAACCCGCUGCUGAAGCGUGGGAAGAACAGAACGGCUGAACCUGUAAUUGCUUGCGCACAGAGAGAACUUAUUGUACAAAAAUAAAAGUUUAAAAUUUUUAAAAAUUAUAAAGAAGGCAGGCAUGAUCAAACUGGUCAUAUACAUUAACGAAAAAUAGAUAAAUUGAAGUGUUAUUCAGAUACGAUAACUGCCGCAGUUAGUUCCAGCAAGGCAUGUGUUAAUAAGUUUGUGAAAUUUUGAAGCAAUAAUUGGCAUGUGUGAAUACUGUCUUUUGCUAAAGUGAAUCU